AUGCACCGCAACGCCGCCCGCACGCACGCAUUGACUCAUUCUGUCCAUCUCCCACCGGAAAUCGUGACCCCCCGGCUGCCAGCGUCAAUCAAUAUCAAUCAACCGCCUCCCGCCCUUCUCCUGCCCGACCAUGAAUCCCGCAUAGCCCGCCUUGCAGUCAUCCUCCUCGCCCCUCGCGGCUUCAGCCCGACCACAGCACCAACCAACAAAGACAAAGAAAUCCCGACAUCGCAGCAGCAUCGAGCUGAGCCUCGUCUCGUCUCUCCCUUGGCAAAUCGUUUCUAUCUGUACCGACUCCACAAAGACCAGCCGUCGACCCCAUCGACCAACUCCCACUGCCUGACGACCGAGUCAUCGUUUCGUCUCUCCAUCUCCGUCUCGACUCCUCCAUCGAUGCCAAACACGAUGGAGACCUCUCCCUUGACAAUGGCCGCGGCCUCCACUUGCGAUGCCCUCAAGACGCCCUCCUACAUGGAGCUGGUGGUUUCCAUCGUCAUCCUCGUCGGCCUCUUGAUCUCGUACCUGCCACAGCACUAUCGCAUCAUCUCUCGAGGCACCUCCGAAGGCAUCUCCCCCUACUUUGUUCUUCUCGGCACAACCUCCGCCACCGCUGGCUUCGCCAACAUCCUAACUGUGUCGCCCUCCCGCAAGGCCAUUGGCUGCUGCAAGGAGCUGGAGACAUUCGAGUGUGCCGCCGGACUGCUUGGUGUCGCCCAGCUCGGAACGCAAUGGCUAUGCUUCACUGCCAUCCUUGUGCUGUUCCUCAUCUUCUUCCGCUAUCGCGAGGCCAACGUGCCCCAGGAGGAACUUGGUGGAGAGAGCCCCAGAUGGCAAACGGCCGUCGCUGUCGGCGGUCUCUGCAUCCUUCACGGCCUGAUCGUCAUUGCCUUGACUGGUGUCUUCGCGAUUGCCAUGCCUGACCAGCUCAACCUGUGGGCCAAUUUUCUCGGUGUCAUGGCUGCCGUUCUGGCUGCCAUUCAGUACAUUCCCCAGAUUUGGAUGACCUACCACCUUAAGCACGUCGGUAGCCUGAGCAUCCCCAUGAUGUGCAUCCAGACGCCGGGUGGUCUUUUAUUUGCCGCCAGUCUUUUCAUGAGACUUGGCGUGGAAGGCUGGAGCACAUGGGCUAUCUACCUGUUGACAGCCGCCAUGCAGGGCAGCGUGCUCGCCAUGGGCAUCUACUACGAAGUUGCUAGACGCAGCGACGACUAUGCGCACAGCUACGCCAGCAGUGCGCCCCAGUCUCCCAUCGAGCAUCACGCCACGCCACAGCGCCCAUACGCUCCUCGUACCUACUCCGAGGGCUGGGAGCGUGGCCUGCCGGGCCCCUUUACGGGUCACCCCGAGCGAUACGCCGAAACCGAGGAGGACCUGGACGAUAUCGAGGAGCGGGAGGAGCGAGCCAUCGCCAGAGAGAACCAGCCGCUUCUCCGACCUGGCGGCAUUGGCAACCCGCACAAGAACUAUCACUCGACCUCGCGCCACUGA